CGCAGUGUACCCGGAAGGCUUUCACUUUAUUGGGUUCUUCAUCGAAAGAUUCAUAUAAACGCGGUCUUUCAUCCUACUUUGUAUAUUUAUGAAAAACUGAAAAGAGGGCCGAUAUACAAAAGCGAUCAUUUCUUUUCAGAAAGCAUCCAGUGAGAGCUAGAAAUAUCUCAAAAUGUAUUACGAUCCGGAGGCAAACAAAUAUGGCGCCGAUUAUGGCCCGUUCGACAACACCAUGGCUUUCAGCGACGUCUCAAUACGUGCAGGCUUCAUACGAAAGAUUUACCAUGUGUAUGAUAAAGAUGAAGUGCUGAUGGCUGUGGGAAUUACUGCUGUUGUUGUUCUGGCAAUUACUAUCUUUGCAUUUCAAACAAAGUAUGACUUCACCAUGAUGGGAGGUUUCUUGUUUGUGGCACUAAUUAUCCUCAUUUGCUUUGGCUUUUUGAUGAUUUUCUUUCACAGCAGGGUCCUGUCCAUUGUUUAUGCUUCACUUGGAGCUCUCAUAUUUGCUAUGUACUUAGUGUACGACACACAGAUCAUGAUGGGAGGCGGCAAAAUGUACUCCAUCUCUCCCGAAGAGUACAUCUUUGCUGCUUUGAACUUGUACCUGGAUAUCGUCAACUUGUUCUUGUACAUCCUACAGCUGAUCUCAGCUGCGAGAGAUUAACAAGCUGUACCAACUGUAGCCCGCAUAGUCGGCUUGGCUCUUCCCCUCCUCGAGAUCAGCAUCUAGGUUCUCAUUAGCGUUUCAGUGCAUUUUCCAUGUUUCUUCUUGGAAGAAUUUGGUUUUUUAGUCAGGGUGUUUCUCUUGAGGGGGUUUCAGACCAAACUUCAAAGCUAUUCUGAAUCAGAGUAUGGUGCUUUAAAUUGGCGGCCGUGAAAGUUUGAUCUUUUUGUUCCCGGGGGACUGUCAUAUUAAAAGAACGGGGGUGCUCGUUAAAUUUUGAAAAGAAUUCCUAAGAGGUACCAAGAUCCUGUUUUGUGGGUGUGGCUUGAA